CCACCUUAUUCUUGUCUUAUAAACCACCCCUCUCUCACCACCACCACCCCCCUCUUAUCACCGCCGCGCGAAUGGAGGACCACCCGGUUCUCACCAAGCUCGAAUCCGCAUGCUCCGAUCUCAACACCCUUUUAAAAUCAUCAAAAACUUUGCAAACAGACCUCCAAAAACACGACGAAAACUUUAAAACUCUACAAGAAAGUCUAACCGUAGCCUCGAGAAGAUUAGCCCCUCUACAAACGCUCUCUAUCGCGUCAAAAGCACUUGAAACGCGAAUCAACCGUGCGGUUUCACCUGCGCUUGUUCUCAUUGACGGGUUUAAAAUAUCAGAGUCUUUGCAACGGAAACUUGUCGACAUUUCAACUAAACUUUCGGGUCAAAAGUCGGAAGAAAGGAGGCUUAGGCUACUGAUCAAGUAUGUUGAUUGUGUUGAUAAGUUGAAUAUCGCGAUUAACUUGAUUAGCCAAGAGGGUGGGCCUGCGAUCCAGCGGUUGCAGGAGGUGGUCGAGUUUUUAAGUAGGACUAAGGCUACGGACCAGUUUAGGACACAUCGGUUAAGAGAGACGUUGGUGACGUUAAAGGCGUUGUAUGAAACCGAGGUUGAUUCUAUGAAGUUUGAUGGGUUGCUUGAUGAGGCUUUAUUGAAUUUGCAAGAUGAGUUUGAAGGGAUUUUGUUGCAGUUGAGGCAUCAUAAUAUUGGAGUGCAGGCGGAAGGCGACGGUGAUGAUGGUGGAGAGGUGGCGGAUGUGGCGGAGUUGGGGACUGAGAUGGAGGUUGAGGUUCUUAGACGGAUUUCGGAGACGCUUACUGCUAACGAUUGUUUGGAUAUAUGUAUCGACAUCUUUGUCAAGGUGAGGUAUAAGAGAGCAGCCAAAGCACUAAUGAAACUAAACCCGGAUUACCUAAGAACAUACAAACCCGAAGAGAUAGACGAGAUGGAAUGGGAAAGCUUAGAAACUUCCAUAAGCCUAUGGACCCAACACUUUGAGCUAGCGGUUCGAACCGUUUUCGUUUCAGAAAAGAACCUAUGCAACCAAGUCCUAGGAAACAUCAUGGAAGGCAUUGUCUGGCAAGAAUGCUUCGUUAAAAUCGCCGACAAGAUCAUGGCGGUAUUCUUCCGGUUCGGGGAAGGCGUUGCAAGAAGUAACAAAGAGCCACAAAAGCUCUUCAAACUAUUAGACAUGUUUAACUCUUUAGAAAAUAUAAAAACCGAAUUUUACGAUAUUUUCGAAGGGGAAGCUGGGGCGGAUAUAUGUACGCGGUUUAGAGAGCUAGAAAAGCUUCUUGUUCAUGCUUCAACCAAAGUGUAUUGGGAAUUUGGGCUCCAAAUUGAAGGUAGCCAAGAUGGCUUACCACCACCACAAGAUGGCUCGGUGCCAAAGUUAGUCCGGUACGCCAUUAACUACCUAAAGUACUUGACCACGGAUAACUACACCGAACCCAUGGCUCAUGUGCUUAGAACCGAACAAAUAUGGAAAGCGGGAGUUCUUUCCGCACCCGAAUCGGAUGAGAAUCUGUUAAAAGAUGCGGUUUUGAACGUAAUGGAAGCUUUAAAUAGAAAUAUAGAGUCAAAAAGGUCGGGUUACAAGGAUAAAGUUCUUUACCAUGUGUUUACUAUGAACACUUAUUGGUAUAUUUACAUGCGGACUAGGAAUACCGAGCUCGCGAAACUAUUGGGAGAGAGUUAUAUGAGGAAGAACUACAAAGUCGUGGCGGAAGAAGCGGCUUACUUGUACGAGAAGCAAGCGUGGGGUGGGUUGGUGAGAUUGCUUGACAAACAAGACAUCUCGGAAGGAGAUGAUGCACAGGAGAAGAUAGAGGCGUUUCUCAAGGGGUUUGAAGAGGCUGCUCAAAGGCAUACAAGUAAGUACAGUAUCCCGGAAGCCGAUUUACGGGGACAGAUUAAAGAGGCAACUGUUAAGCUUAUCGUGCCGGCGUAUUCUGAGUUUUUGGACGCGUAUUCGAGUGUUCUAGACGUGAAAGCGUACUCGUCUCCUGAAUCGAUUGAAGGGUUACUAGGUCAAAUUUUCUCGGGGAAUGAUCAGAAAUCGUCUCUAGGUUCAAGAAGACGGGAUCUUAAGGAUAGGUUGGAAGGGAGAACUUCGGUGUCAAGCGAUAUAGAACAGAUGGCGGGACGGGGUUCGGGUGAUCGGUUUCGGAGGAACAGAUCAAAUGCUAGUGAUGCAUAAAGAGUUUUAAUGGCUAAGUAGACACAUAAUUGUGUCACAUAUUGUAUUGGUGUAUGAUUUAUCAUAUGGUUUACUAAAAUUGUCCUUGUGUAGUAAUGAAAGAUUUUUAUAUGUUGGA